AUGACUGCUCUCUUUCCAGAUGGCGUUUUCUUUGUGGAGUGGCCGACAUGGGCGCGGCUAGCUAUUAUUUUAGGCGGCUUGCUGACAAUAACCUUGAUCACUGGGUUCUGUGUCAAGCUAAGGAACUGGAGAAAGAACAUCAAGCUAGAGAGAAGAGCGGCCGAAGAAGAAGCUGAAAGGGGAGAAGUAACCCUUGUGAGCCGAUCAAGCGAUGACAUCCCUUUCGGCAUACGUGCUCUGUUGGAGGAUUCGGAGGUCGAAGGUGUCUGGAACUCUCGAAAUGUCACUCCUCUGAAUUACGAUCCAGUCGAGCAUGAUCGUGCGACUACUUUUCUGCAGUCAACAGCUCUCCCCAAGGAGGAUUCCUCCACACUGUCCAACUGUCUCUAUGACCCUGCAGAUAUAGGCCUGGCAGCAACCGGUGAUCGAGAUCCAGUCACUGAUUACACGGCCAUGAUGGAGCUACCUGCCGGAGUCUCGUCCUCUAAGCGGAAGAAAAAGACCCUGAUCAUCAGCUACAAUGGGCCACACAUUCGUUCUGAGUCUGCGGGGACUGUACCAGCCGUCCACUCUCCUGUGACACAAGUUAUACCAGGCAGCUCACCGUCCAAGAUGCAUUUACGUCCAUGCUCCGAUCAGCCGUCUUCCGGAGGACGUCGAUUUGUGAUCGGAAGUCGACAAAAGAAUUCGCUAGGUUAUAAGAGGGCAGAUCUCCAAUCUGAUAUUCACUCCCUUGAACGCAUGGAAGCGCACCGGCAGUUUCAUGCUGCAGAAAGUGGACAACUAUUGCCCAAAGAUCGACGACAUACUGAUCUGGUUCUCACUACACCUCUGGCACCUUCUGUUUCGGACGGCGAGGAAAAUGACUCUUACUCAGCUCGUGCGUUAUCCUGGCCUGCUAGAAUGGAAGACAGCAUGCAGCUGGGAAAGCGACUGUCACGCAAAGCACAGAGGAGGGAGGGUCCACGACCUGUGCCUUUCCGCGCCUUCGUGGAGUCACUGCCUCCUACUAAAGCUCCGCCAUCGUCAUGGACACAGAAGACUCAAGCAAAACUUGAUGUGAACAUUCCAACGUCGUCUACUGGGAGUGACGCUAAUUCCAAGACGUCCUCGCACACGCCGAAAUCAUCCAUUAGCUCCAGCGCCACCAGCUCACCAACAUCACCAACUGAUUCUAUCUCCAUUGCAAAUAUUCGGACUCGGAAGAUAAACGAUGGGUUUGAAGUAUUACCGGCCGGAACAUUGACCAGGGGACCCAGUGUAAAGGAGUUUGGUCUGUGGCCGGAGAACGUGAAAGUUGCCAACAAGCCUAACAAGCUGCGAAAACUUUCUCGAUCGAACCCUGCCAGUGGUCGGAGCUCAACAGAAAGUCGGAGGCUCAGUGACGAGAGCUUCCGGUUGCCAAUUUUUUGA